AUGUCCAGCGCAGCAGACUUCUGGUCUGGCUACGUAUCGGGAGCAAUAGGCAUCCUGGUCGGAAACCCCCUCGACCUAAUCAAGACCCGCCUCCAAGCCGGCACCCCCUCCCCAACCCCCAGCUCUCCUCUUCCGUCCGGACCACCCCCCAACCUCCCCUACCCCAAACACCUCACCACCUGGACCACCGGCGCCGCGGCCCCCAUCCUCGGCUACGGCGCCCUCAACGCCCUGCUCUUCGUAACCUACAACCGCAGCCUCGCGCUCCUCUCCACGGGAACCCUCUCCCAGCUCCCGGACCACCCCUCCGAGACCAGUGUCUGGGCCGCAGGUGCAUUAGGAGGACUGGCGAUCUUCUUCGUCUCGGCGCCGACGGAGCUGGUCAAGUGUCGGGCGCAGGUGAGUCGGCCGGCAAGGUCGAGCUGGGAGGUGACGAGGGAGUUGUGGCGGGAUGGAGGGGUGAGGGGGUUGUAUAUGGGGGGCGGGGUGACGAGUGUGAGGGAUGCGGUUGGUUUCUGGAGUUACCAUCUCAGCAAGCAAGCUGCGUUGAGCGAGGGCGACAGCCACAAACAGCACGCUGUGAAGAUCUUGCUCUGUGGCGGUCUUGCUGGUGUGGUGACGUGGGCGUCCAUCUUCCCGUUGGAUGUCAUCAAGACUCGCGUGCAGACCUGGGAUCUGGUAUCGAGGUCUCGUCCAGCUUCGGCAGCCAGUGGUGAAAGCCAGCCUCUGCUUCGAAGUCAGCCAGCAGCACCGAAUCCAAGCAUCGUUUCUGACAGGCCGAGUACGUACCACAUCGCCAGCACCACCUACCGCAGCGAAGGCAUCAGCGUCUUCUUCCGUGGUCUGGGCAUCUGCAGUGCCAGAGCCUUCUUCGUCAACGCUGUGCAAUGGGCUGUCAGUAUCUCCAUCCACUCCAACUUACCACACAAGCACUAA